AUGCCUGCCGAAGACCGAAGCGGAAAGCAGGCCGCGGCCCAGCAAGCCGUUGACAUCCUGCAUGAGAUCUCCACCAUUCUCAACUGCCAUUUGGACCGCCGCACUCUCUCGAUAUGCAUUUCCAUGAUUGAGAAUGGCGUCAACCCCGAGGCUCUUGCUAGCGCUGUGAAGGAACUGAGAAAAGAGUCCCAGGAGGUAGACGCACAGAUUGCCUCACGACGAAGAUGA